UUUCUGGAGGUUUUUUCAAGCGAACCCCUUCUGAGCAAAACUUGAGCGAAAAGAAGAAAAGAGGGAAAAAUGCAGCAGAGAAGGCCUUCGGGAACGGACGGUUCGGAUUUCUCCUACCGCAUGGUCGUCGACUCUCGGUACCAGAGAGUAGCUAAAGGAAAAUCUCGCCUCUACGUGCUAAUUAUCGCCCAGGGGAUCAUUCAAAUAAUAGGAUUAUUGUACACAGUUCUAAGGACAUCAUGGGAGGAGGGACCCAAUAGUAUUGCUAUCUCAUCUGUUGCUGUUGGUUUUGUUUCUCUGAUUCUUGGGGAAUUAGGUCGAAGGCGAAGCAGAGCAGGUUUGUUGAAGCUUUACUUGGUUGGAUCAUCGCUUGCACUAUUUCUCUCCAUCGCUUUUGUUGCCAAGAGAAAUCUAACAAUAGAGGAUAUCAAAAGUCCAAGUAACUGGCAAGCGAGAAAGAUUGAACUUCUUGAGGUCUCUCGCAUUCUACUUGGGUUCCUGAUUCAAAUAUUUACCGUUAGCACAGUAAUUUCACUCAUAAGAAACAUGUGUCCUCCCAAAAAAGCCUCAUAAGUUUGAAGUUUAUUUGGUGAAGGAGCAAAAAUUUUUUUUUUCCCUUUUUCUCUCAAAUGGUUU